AUGACGCAGCAGCCGCCACCAACAACGACGUGGUCUCGACGUUCCGUAUCCAUCGUACCGAGCACUCCAUUUGCCACAACGGUGUUGAAUGCCGAAAAUUUUUUCAAAUAUGACUAUUCCAGUCCUCAUGGAGCCAUUAUGUCGUGCAGAAAGGGCUCCUACAAUCCAAUGCAAGCAACUUCUCAGGUAGCGCAAACGACGCAAUUAUUUUUAUGA